GGACCGUACACGUGAACAGUGUACGUUGUCUUGUCUUGUGCGUGGUCAAUAACACUGUUUUCAUGGCGCUCGCCAUUUGUACCAGGACGAAUCCACAGCGACAACUUCCCGAGCGCACCUGCAUCCUGCCUGGGUCCUUUGUCUGACAUCACAAUGUCGGCGGUUUUCCGUGAACAACAAACCGGAAAAAACGUUUUCAACUUGGGAAGGAGAAUGUACUUUCUUAUUGGACAAGUUCACACAGCGUAGCUUCUUCGUUUUCAAAUGUUUCCCCCCGUUUCAGACAUGUACAUUGCAUGCAAGAUGUAGGUUAUGCAAAUAGGUCUAUAGUUCGAAAGGAAAAAAUGCCAUUCUAAAAAUGUUUUUAUUAGGACAUGAAAUCGUAUGCCAUUGUUUUGUAAAACAGCAUCAGUUAAUGCAAUGAACAUUAGGCCUUGUACCCUCAAUUGAUCAUUAUUUUAAAUCUAUGUGACAUAAUACAAGUGUUGUAAAAGUGUCGUCUGAAUUAGUCUCAUCAUCCCUAAUAUCAUCAAUAGGGAAAUGCUAGUUAUUCUUGACAUAAACUUACGGGUUGUAGGACCCAGAGUCAUUCCGACCUGUCUCUCCCUAUGGUGCGCACUUCUCUAUUGGGCAGGGGUGUGGAGCUCUGAUGCAUUGAAAAAUAACUCCUUGCGGAAUUGGGUUUGUACCAAAAAGGAGUGCCGUCACGUCAGUAUCUGCCGAAUUCAGCAACGCAUUUGUUCCCUAUUUUCGCCUCUGUCCCUUCACAAGAUGUUUCUGGCCAAAAGACUCAUUGGUGGCAUCCUGGAUGUUGUGAGCAACAUCGACCCUGGUCAAUUUGUGCCAUCAGAUCCUCCCCCACCACGCAGACCUCUGGCCUACGCGGAGCAGAAUGAGAACGACGAGGAGAGACAGUUCCGCAAGGUGUUCCAGCAACUUGCUGGGGAUGACAUGGAGGUGAGCCCCACGGAAUUGAUGAACAUCCUCAACAGGAUCAUUGGCAAACGUAGUGACCUGAAGACUGAUGGCUUUAGCAUCGAGUCAUGCAGGAGCAUGGUGGCUGUCAUGGACAGUGACAGCACAGGAAAGCUAGGUUUCCAUGAGUUCAAGUUUUUAUGGAACAACAUCAAGAAAUGGCAGUGCAUCUACAUAUCAAAUGACGCGGACCGCUCCGGGCUCAUCUCCUCACAAGAGCUUCCUGCUACCUUCAAAGCUGCAGGCUUCCCUCUCACCGACCAGCUCUUCCAGUUGAUGGUCCGCAGGUACAGUGAUGAACAGGGCAACAUGGACUUUGACAACUUCAUUGGGUGCCUGGUCAGACUGGACGCUAUGUGUCGAGCUUUCAAGACUCUGGACAAAGAUGAUAAUGGAACUAUCAAAGUCAACAUCCAGGAGUGGCUUCAGUUGACCAUGUACUCAUAAAACAUCAGGGAAAGCCUACAAAAAGCCUUCAUUAAUCUCUCUCUCCAUUUUAAGAUUUUUAUUUUAUAUUACCAUUGUUAUUAUUGUUUGACAGAUGUUCAUACAUCAUUGUCAUGAAUGUUCAUUCAAUUUAUCACUAGAUAGCAGCAUUGCAGAAACACCAGGAAAGCACACAUUUGCUUUGCUACCUUUCUACAGUCCAAAUAUUUGAAUGUUUUUUGUUCUCCUUUUUUCUGGCAACACACCUUUGGUCAAACAUUCCACACUGCUAUGUAAUGUAAUGUAAAAAAUACAUUCUAGUGCUCAAUAAAGGGGGCGAUAUUACCUAAUA